UGCAAUUUCAUUGCUCAAACAUUAACGAUGACAGUGAUCAAGUUAGUGAAACUCUUCAGUUAUUUUAAACAUCACUCAAAAUUGAGACAAAUUGGUCAUGUUAUCAGAAAAAAUCACACACAAUCAAAUGGAUUAAGUUACAUUCACAACAUCGGAAAGUACCCAUUAGUAUAUCAGACAAUUGGUCAGGAAUUGGGCAGAGUGGCGAGUGAAUUUGGCUACCGUGAAGCAUUUGUUGCUGUGGAAGAGCAAAGGAGAUUAACUUAUCAUGAAUUGAAGCUUGAGGCUGAUCGUUUAGCGGCAGGGCUUCUAAACCUUGGUCUUCAACAGGGUGACCGUAUUGGUAUAUGGGCACCUAAUAUGAUCAUAUGGCCUGUGGUUUUCUAUGCUGCUGCUCGCGCUGGCUUGAUUCUCGUUGCCCUAAAUCCAGCUUAUGAAGCUCCAGAAUUACAAUAUUGCUUGCAGAAAGUCAAUAUGAAAGCCUUGGUUACGAGCGAAAGUUUUCGUAAUAAGCCAUACUACGAAUCACUGCUAAAAAUAGUUCCAGAAUUACCAACUUCAACUCCUGGAAUGUUGUCCUGUGAGAAAAUACCGUCCCUUUCGCAUGUCAUUGUAGAUUCUCAGGAUGAUCUUAAGGGAGCAUUUCGACUUUGCGAUAUCAUUCAAAUGCCCUCUACUCAGCAAAUAGAGCAAAUUGAUCAUAAUCAAGAAACAAUCAAUCCCGACAAUGGAUGCAACAUUCAGUUUACUUCUGGUACAACUGGGAAACCCAAGGCUGCACUACUGAGUCACUUUAGUGUCGUCAACAAUGGUAUCCACAUUGGAGAAAAUCUCGAAUUGUGCGAGAAACGGAUCUGUAUGCAAGUACCAUUCUUCCAUGUUUACGGUGUUGUCAUAUCAAUGUUAGCAAGUCUGUCCCAUCAUGCUACUCUUGUAAUUCCAUCGAUUACAUACAAUUCCGAAAAAUCUCUACUUGCUGUUCAAAAUGAAAAGUGUUCUGUGAUCAAUGGUACACCGACUAUGCAGGUCGAUUUGGUGAACAAGCAGAGACAGAUGAAGCUCAAUCUUAAAGCUGAGAUUGCUAUUAGUGGUGGUGCUCUGUGUCCUCCUCAACUCUUACGCGAUAUGAAGAGUGAGCUAGGUCUCAAGAAAGUAAAGAACGUCUAUGGUUUGACUGAAGAUUCAGCUGUAUGCUUCAACACUCUUCCAAAUGAUGAAGAAGAGCUGGUCCUUGAGACAGUUGGUCACAUGCAAGACCACAUUGAGGCUAAGGUGAUAGAUUCAAAUGGAAAUCUUGUACCUUUUGGCGUACCUGGAGAACUAUGCGUUCGAGGUUAUUUUACGAUGUUAGGCUACUGGGAAGACGAAGUUAAAACCAGAGAAGUCCUUGAAACGAACGGAUGGCUCAAGACUGGAGAUCAGUUCAUCCUAAAUGCUAAUGGUUAUGGAAAGGUUGUAGGAAGGUUGAAGGAUAUGAUUAUUCGAGGUGGAGAGAAUAUUUUCCCAAAAGAAGUGGAAAAUAUUCUAGUGACUUCUCCCUUGAUUGCCGAAGCCUAUGUGGUCGGGGUUCCAGAUGAGAGACUUGGGGAAGAACUGUGUGCCUUUAUUCGUCUUCGAGAAGGUGUCAAAGAAUGUUCACUUGAGGAUAUACGUGAAUUUUGUCGUGGGAAAAUUUCAUACUUCAAAAUUCCACGUUAUGUGCAAAUUGUCAGUGAAUUCCCUAAAACACUAUCUGGUAAGGUUCAGAAAUUCAAACUGCAGGAACAAUUUGAUAUAAAUAAAGUUGUGUGAUAAUUCUAUAA